AGGGGGAGGGGGCGAUGCUCAGUUCUGAAUGGUCUCCCAGAAAUCAUCCCAACUUUUAACUCGUUUUUGCUUCAAUUUGAAGGGAAAUACGAUUAUGAUCUGUUGGUGAUUGGAGGAGGAUCUGGCGGCCUCGCCUGCUCCAAGGAAGCUGCACAGCUUGGCAGGAAAGUCGCGGUUUUAGAUUACGUGGAGCCGUCGCCCAAAGGCACCCGAUGGGGUCUGGGUGGUACCUGUGUCAAUGUGGGGUGUAUUCCCAAGAAGCUGAUGCACCAGGCGGCCCUGCUGGGCACCGCUGUCAAGGACGCUACAAAGUACGGCUGGGACAUUCCAUCACCCGUGAGGCACGACUGGGCGACCAUGGCUCAGGCUAUCCAGAACCACGUGAAAUCCUUAAACUGGGGACACAGAGUCCAACUGCAAGACAAGAAGGUGACGUACCUUAACCUGAAAGGCAGCUUCGUCGACAACCACACAAUUCAGGGGGUGUCCAAGACUGGGAAAAAGACUGUUCUGACAGCUGAAAACAUCGUCAUAGCAACGGGAGGGAGGCCGAAAUAUCCCCCGCAAGUUCCCGGUGCUGAACUCGGUAUUUCCAGCGACGAUAUCUUUUGGUUUAAAGAUUCGCCCGGAAAAACGUUAGUUGUCGGUGGAAGCUAUGUGGGACUGGAGUGUGCAGGCUUCCUGACAGGCAUCGGCCUGAACACUUCACUGAUGGUGAGGAGCAUCCCCCUGCGAGGGUUUGAUCAGCAAAUGGCACAGCUGGUGACGGACCAUAUGGUCUCCCACGGCACUCGGCUUCUGUGGAAAUGUGUGCCGCGCAGCGUGGAGAGAGAGACCAGCGGGCGGCUACACGUCACGUGGAGUGAUCAGCAGUCAGGCCGAGUGGAGGGAGACACCUUCGACACAGUGAUGUGGGCUGUAGGUGAGCUGUUGGCAGGUCGCACAGCGGAGACCAAGGAGCUGAGCCUGGAGAGAGCCGGCGUUCCCGUAAAUCCCAAAACCGGGAAGAUCAUCGUUGGGGCCGGGGAGGAAUCUUCUGUCCCCAACAUCUACGCCAUCGGGGAUGUGACUGAGGGCCGCCCGGAGCUCACCCCCACAGCUAUCAGAGCCGGGAAACUGCUGGCUCGCAGGCUGUGUGGGCAGGUAACCGAACUGAUGGACUAUGACAAGGUUCCCACAACAGUGUUCACCCCACUGGAGUACGGCUGUGUGGGGCUGUCCGAAGAGAAGGCUGUGAGCAGCUUUGGUCAAGACAACAUCGAGGUGUACCACGCCUAUUACAAGCCACUGGAGUUCUCAGUGACUGAGCGCGGUGCCAAUCAGUGUUAUAUUAAGAUGCUCUGCUUGCGGGAAGGUGAUCAGCGUAUUCUGGGGCUUCACUUCAUCGGACCCAACGCUGGCGAAGUCAUCCAGGGCUUCGCGCUGGCUAUAAAAUGUGAGGCUACGUACUCUCAGCUGGUGGCCACGGUGGGAAUCCAUCCGACCUGUGCCGAGGACGUCAACAAACUGAACAUCACCAAGCGCUCGAGGCUGGACCCCACAGUCACCGGCUGCUGAGGGUAACUCUCUCCCUGAGACUACAGCACACGGGGAACUGGCACCGACUGCGGCUACACACUGGGCUGGGGAGGAGCGAGUUUGGGGUCACAGGUCCUUUGUCCUGAUAUAACUCUGAUAUAACAUUGUGGUCCAUCAAAUCUCGAGGAGCGUUAUAACAGGGUUUAUUCUGGAUUAUUCCAGGCCGCGCUGCCCUCACAGAGCGAUGUACACUGGGGCUUCCUGUGCCUCCCCGAGGCUGGAGCUUUCCCAGAAACUACUGGGAGUGUGAGUGAGUGCGAGACGCACAGGAAGUGGCGUCAGCGACGGAAGCGCUGUCUUGGCGGCCAUUUUGUUUUAUUACAGCGCGCCCCAUUACAGCACUGUAAAUCUGGACUGGACCAUUGUAAUGGGGGGCGGGCGGGGCGGGCGGGGGAGAGGUUGUGGUCUGUAGGUACAGUUCUUGGAGCAGCCAGUAGAGGGCGUAUAUCUACCAGAACAAACCAGGAUCAGCCCAAACCCAACCCGACCAACCGGGGGCAAUGGGUUUCAAGGUGAAUGGACAAUGACCUCGUUUUCCGUUGAGGGUUUGGGUGAUUUGACUGGAUUCCUUGCUGGAAUGUUUUGGUGAACGUUACCAUUUUAACCACCCCGCGCCUGUCCCAGUCCCCCUCCCUUUCCCCCCCAGUUCAGUUUCACUGUGGAGCGUGUCCUAAGCCAGAAAGUUUUUUUUUCCGUGUGCUUUUUUCAGGGAUGUCUAUGUGAGCAGCACAGAGCAGCAGUUUUGACUUGGCAUUACCUUGAUCGCUCGGGUUAUUGUAUGGGAGAGAAAGGGAAGCGACCAGUGGCCCUGAAGUCCACCUGGUCUUAAGCGUGGCACCGUUUUGUCUUACAAUAUUUUUAAAAUUUGGUCUUAACUCCAAAGCCAUUUUCGUGUUUGUUUAAUGAAACGCGGAGAAAAAAUGGCUUCCAGAUCACGGCGGUAUUAUUCUAAUAAUAAUCCUUUAAUAGUAACAGUAAGUAUUGAGGAAUCUUGUCACAAUUCUGGGCCGUGUGUUAAAUUGCAAGACCAAACAGCCUCAUGGUUAGGUUGGGGAGGGGGGUGUUGAGGGCGUUAGCUGCUCUGUUCAUGACCAACACUUUGCCGUUUAAUGACGAGCUGUUUGUAAACCCAGCGACGUGGGAGAGACAGCCCUGAUGACAAUCGGCAUCGAGAUCUAAAUAAAGUGUUAUAUUCGCUGCUUU